AUGGGGAAAAAUAAAAAGAACCGAUCGAAAUCGCGGUCGAAAUCCGCAGUCGGAGGAAGGACCACCACGGGGAGGACUGAAAAUGAUGAUCUGGGAAAGGACGCGAAUUUAACAACGAAAAAGGAAGACGACGUGAGCGCGUUUGAAGGCGUGAUGCCGUCGAUAUCGACAGAGACUGAUGGUACUAAUGCUGCUGCUGGAAUGAUGACAUCGAGUCGAUCGCACUCCAUGCUGUCCUCGCAACACACCGACAAAUCGGAUGGUAUUGCCGAGCAGCAAAUGAUUAAAGCGUUGAGGAAAGUCCAGGCGGUGGUUCGCGGGUGGAAGACGAGGGCGAAACUCUCCGCGGAACUCGCGAAAGCGUCCGUGGAACUCGGAGGCGCGUGGGAACUCUUUGAACUCGCGCCGUCGGAGAAAGUGACGAAAGGACCGAUCAAGUGUAAAGCGUUGUUACCGAAAGCGAGCGGGAACGGGGAGAUGUACGUGACCACUUCGUACGUGUGUUUCGACGCCGAAGAAGGGAAGGAAGAGGAAGGUUUGUUCAACGCGUUGUUACCGGCUGUCUCGAGCGGGGCACAAACGCAACCGUUGCGAUUGAAGAUUCCUUUGUUUGAUUUAGAGUCCGUGGCUCCGAAAGUGACGAGCGUUGGAUUCAUGCAAAGCCGGACGUCGUUGAUUAUGUUGUUCAAAGAUAAAGCGUUUAAACCGAAGGAGUUUGUGGACGUGGAGGAUAUCGAAUCAGUCGUUGAAACGAUUAACUUGCAACUGAGGCAACGUGCGAACGACAUCUCGAACGCACGAUUAAUGGCGAGCAUGGCAGAAGUCGCUUUGAGAGAUCGAAAUAUUCGAAAUGGGAAAGCGGCGAAAGAUUUGAGCUCGUCCAAGUUUUACCAAAUCGCGAAUUCGGCCAACGAAAAAAUGCGGGACGACAUCGAUAUGUUGAUGGAGGCGAGAACGAGAUACGCGAAUGAAAAUGCCAACGCAAACGUCGUCGUGGUAAAGAACAACGACGGCGAAGACGUGGCGUUGAACGAGGACGAGAUCAAAUUGUUGCCGAACGCGAUUUCUCAAAUGAAAGUGAAGCACGCGAACGAGGUCGCGGAGAUACGAAGAGAACACUCGGAACGCACUCUCGAGUUGAGCGAUCGGUACGCGAAGAAGAUUAAAGAGUUGGAGGCAAGAAUUCACGCUUCAGAGGAAGCCGCUCACAACGAAAGGGACGAUAGAAAUAAAAUUGUUAAAGGUUUGAACGAACAAGUGAACAAGUUGAAAGAUUUCAUUAAAAACGCAGAUUCGGAGGCGUCGUUGAACGUGAAAAAGCUGGACGAUCGAUUGGCAACGACUGUUGCGGAGAAUGAAAAGCUGAAAUGGUUCCUCGAAAAAGCCGAACAAUCAAAACUUGCCGCCGAGAAAAGUUUAGAAGUCGAACGCGAAAACUUUUCCAAGCACAAGGGCGAGUUUACGACUGGCGAGAAGAAGCUGGCGAUGUCUUUGGAGGAGAAAUCAAAGGCGUUGGAGGAGAUGAAAAAAAUGCACGAGCAAAUCAAAGACCAUUUACACUCAGAAGGUUUAGAAAAGGCGACCCAACUAGCCGAGGCGAAACAUGCGAUCGUUUUGUUGCAAAAAGAAACCGCGAAGUACGAAAAAGAAACGGAAGAGUUGACGAAAGAGAACUCGACGAACAAGAAGUUGUUGGAAAGCUCUCGAGAGGUUCAAAAAGACGCCAUGAUGAACAUCGAAAAACUGACGAAAGAUUUAGCGGAAGCGAAUGAGAAAAGUGGGAAGAAGAUUGCGUCGUUGAGCAAGACGAUCGAAGAGAUGCACGCGGAUACGAAGGUUGUCGUGCAAGAUCACAUCGAUCUCGUCGAAGAGGACAUUUUCCGAAACGUCAACUUUGUCGUCAUGGAGGAAAAAUUGAAGCUCGCGAACGAGGAUGUCCAACGAUUAACUUUCGAAUUACUUCGCGCUCGACAAUCGGAAGGCAACGAUCGCGUGGGCAUUGCCGCGCAAGCGUUGCAGCAACGCUUGGAAAUGGCGGAGGAAAGAGCGCAGGUUGCGGCGGAAAACGCCAGUCGUCUCGAAUCGAAACGCGUAGUUGCUGAGCAAAUGCUCGCCUCCAUGAAACGCGCAAUGAAAGACGCUCAAAAGAAGCAAGAAGAAGAAGAAAAGGAAGCGUUCGGUGAGAACUUCCAAUCGUCGAAAUCGUCUGCUUUGGCUGUGCUUUCUGGUAUCCAUUCGCGUGAGUACUCUCCGAAACACGCAUCGAUUCGAUUCGAUCCAAAUCAACACGAAAUGGUCAAAGGCGGCGGUGCGGGGGCGACCACGCCAAUCUCAAAAAUGUCGAAACUCGAUCAAUCCACGCCGGCUCCCGCUAUGUCUUCUACCUCAAACUUCACUACUCCUGCGAGCAAAUCAGCGAAGUACGCGGCCCCGAUGGUGGACGCGCCGAUGUCAUCUAUUAUGAAAUCCAAAUCUGGAAACGCCAGUGCGCAAAUGAACGAAAGGUCGGGUACUCUUUCCCCGGCAGCGAGUGGCACCAUGAGUCCGCCAGUCAUUGUUGAGCGUAUUGUUGAAAAGAUUGUUGAAGUUCCGGUGUAUAAAGAUGUGCCAACAGUAGUCGAAAAAGUUGUUGAGAAGAUUGUCGAGAAGAAAGUCCCGACUGGUAUUACCGAAUCCGAUUUGAAGCGCGCGAAAGAACUCGGUAAAGCGGAGUUGAAGUCGGAAAUUGAAAAACUCGAAAAGUUGAAGCAAGACACGGCACCGAAAGAGGUGGAAGUGGAGAAACUCGUCGAGGUGUAUUUGACCAAAGACGAAGUGAAGAAGAAGAACGAAGAGUUGAAGUUGAAAAUCAAAGACUUGGAGAAAUCCAUCGAAAACGAACGCAAACAAAAGAACGAGAACACGAAAGCCGUGAAAGAGCUCGAGAAGGAGUUGAAAUCUGCGCGUAAAGCGCUUGAAUCGAAGAAACCUAUCGAGAAAAUCGUCGAGUUAGAGUACUUCGUCGAAGUUCCGACCGGGAUAUCGAAGGAGACACUCGAGAAGCACGAGAAGAAAAUCUUGGACAAGGCGGAAAAAGACGUCGAAAGUCGCAAGAAGGCGCUGGAGAAAGAAACGUCGCAACUUCGAAAAGAGUUGAAAGCAUCGACGGAGACAGCUCUCAGAGAAGCGAAGAAAAAAGUCGAGGAUGCAGAAAAGAAGGUGUCAGAGGCAGAGAAGGAAGCGGCGGUGGCUUUCGAGAUGGAGCGCAAGGCGCUCGCCGAGAAGGAGAAAACACUCGCGGACGAAUCCAAGAACAUCAAAAAGCGCAUCGAUGAAGGCACGGCGGAAGCGAGAAAACUUUUGCGAGCAGAAGCCGAAGAAAAUAAAAAACUUGCAAAACAAGAACUCGAAGAGGCAAAGGCGGAAUACAAAGCGAAAAUCAAAGAAGCGCGAGCGGAAUCAAAAGAGGCUCAAGAACUGAUGCGAAAGGAAAUUCAAUCGAUGAAAAACAUCAACGCUGAUUCCAUGAAAGCGUUCGAGGAAGGUCAAAAAGAAGCUCGCUCGUUACUUGCGGAAGAGAUUAAACGGUAUAAGAACAAAGAAUCUGAACUCACGAAGAAAACGGAAUCCAUGGCCAAGGAUAUCGAAUCUGCGAAAACAGUCGGGUUUAAAGAAGCGGAAAAAACGUACAAACACGAAAUUGACCGGUUAAAGAAAAUCGAAUCGAGUUUGGACGACGAGAUCAAACGGACGAGAGCAGAACUCAACAAAGAACUCGUUGCCAAGCUCUCCGAGCUUGAGCGCCAAAAGAAACAGUCAGAGACGAAGUAUAUCGCCGAAAUCGCGCAGCUUCGCGCUGCGGCGGUUGCGCCGACCAUCGUCGCGGCUGCGACGAAGGAAGAAGAGAAGACCGUAUCUUCGCCGCCAGCGUCUGACGUAUCGUCAUCACCGAAGAGUAGUAGUAUCAAUAGCAACAACAACAACAACGUUCCAACGAUUACGAAAGCGGAAGAGGUGAUUAAAUACGUAGAAAUUCCGGACAAGCAAAGCGAGAAGCGAUACGAAGCUGAACUGGCGCGAAUCACCAAGGCGCAUGAGGCGAAACUCAAAGACGCGGACGACAAGAUCGAAGCGCUCAAGAAAUCGCAUCAAGUGGAGAUUCAGAAAGUCGAAGGUGAUUUUGCAAACGAAAUCAAAGCGCUCAAGAGUUUGGAUCACGAAGCUUCGAAAGCACGCGAGCAAGGCCAAAAGGACGCGACGAAGACGUUCGAGCGCGACAUGCGGGAUUUACGUAAAUCCGCGGAGAACGAGAAGAAGCAACUCGAAAAGACGAUAUCUCGACUCGAAUCCGAUGUUGCGAGCGUCACACGCAAAGCGAAGAACGAACUCGAAGACGUGCGUCGAGCUUUGGAGAGGGAGAAGGACAAAAUCUCGGACGAACUUGCGCGAGCGAAAAAUGCGAGCGAACGCGACGUGUCCAACGCCAAGUUCAAACUAGAGGUCGCGGAGCAAAAAACGCAAGAAUUGGAGAAGAAAAUUCGAUCGAUGCAAGAGAAAAUCGCUUCACCAGACGAGCAAGUGAAGACGAUCGAACGACAAGAGACGGAACGUAUGAAACUACUCACGGAGAAGGUUAAGUUGGAAGCGAAGGUGAAAUCUUUGGAAGAAAAAAUUUCGUUGCACAAGGUCGAACUUAACGAAACAAUCGCGAAUUCACCGGCAAAAGUCUCGACGAGAGAAAUGCAGAAGCUCAAAGACGAAGCCGUCGCUGCGCGUGCGGAUCAUAAAGCCGCGAAAGAGGAGCUUGGACGCAUGCAAAGCGAAAAUACGCGAUUAUCGCGCGAGAUUGCCACUCUCGAAGUCGAAAAGGCGAAAACAUCAAAACCAACCGUCGAUCCGAUAAUUGCCGAAGAAUUGUCCAAGACGAAAGACCAGUACGCGAAAUCCAUGGAAGAGAAGGCGGUGCUUGAGACGAAACUGUCCUUCCUCGAACGCGAUGCGCCGGCGGCGAAGAAAGAAUUGCUUUCACUCGAAAACGAAAAGAAAAAGAUGGAGGCGCGAAUCACGGCGCUCGAAGCUGUCGAGCGUGAAUUAUCCGCACGCGCCUCCAACGCCGAAGAUACCAAGUCUAAACUCGAAAAGGCGUUUGGUGAGAUGGAAAAGCGCGAGAAGGCGAACGACGCUACGCGUGUAAAGCUCGAGAAGGAAAAUUCGUUGUUGGCUCAGACUCGUGACCAACUUCAAAAGGAGGUUUCCACCUCUGAAUCGAAGCUUUCGAAGCUCACGGAAACGAACGGUGAAAACGAGAGAAAUCUGUACGCACAAACCGCUCGAUUAUCUGAAAUUGAAAAGCAACGCGCCUUGUUGGAUCAGCGCGUUGAGCAACUCGAGAAGGAGAAGGCGGCGUUUGAGAACGAACUCGAGGAAUCAAAAGAGCUUGGGUAUGCGUUACAAAACGCACAAACCAGAUUACAAACCGUCGAGGAAACGUUAAGAGAAACUGUAAACACGUGGAAAGACCUCGAGGAGAAGUACGAGUUUGCAAAAGACGAGUUUGCAAAAGUAGAACGAUCCGAAUCGACGUUGAAGCAAGCGUUGACGACGUUGGAGAAGGAACGCGCCGAGCUCGAAUCGAAAUCCAAGCACAUGUCCGAAGAACUCUCGCGCAACGAAGAAAAGUUGAAGCGAUUGCACGAAGCCGAGACAAAAAUUGCCGUCGAAGCGGAAAAGCAUAAACUCAACGAGGAAAAGUUCAAGCAGCUGGAGGAGCGUACGGCUCAAAUGGAAAAGAGAGCGGAGAUUUUAGCGGAGAAAGAGCGCGAGCUCGUUGGCGUCAAGGAAAAGCUCGUCGCGCACGAGGCGCAAAGGAAAAUGUUCGAGAAGGAAGUUAAGCAAGCGCAAGAAAAACAAUCCAUGCUAGAGUCGACGAUUGAAACGCGCCGAGGAGAGUACCAAGCGGUGAUUUCAAAAAUGUCCGAAGCCGAGCGUGAAGUCGCCAACGCCAAGGUUGCUGCGGCGAUGGCGAAAGAAUACGCCUCGAACUCUCGCGAUACGUUGGAAAAAGUCCAAGAACGCGAAAUGCAAAUGCGCGAAGAGCUCACACAAAUUCGCAUCGCGUACGAAGCGUUGACCGUGGAGUACAGAGAGAAGGCAUUCGAAUACGCCACGAACGCGGCGAGGUUGGAGAAAAUCAUCGCCGAUUUGCAAAGGCAAGUCGCCUUGCUCGAGCAAAAAGCCGAAUCGCUGGUGGAGAAAAACCAUCAACAAGAUCUCGAGAAGCAAAAGUUGCUCAAUCACAUCAAGAACCAAGAGUACGACAUGGAGCAGCUUCGAAAAGAAUCGUUGGGGUAUUACAACGCGUACGUCCAAGUGAACGAACAGUUGAAGCGCACGAAGGAGAUGUUGGAGAAGGAAGUUCGAGAUUCGCAAAAUCUGCACAACGCCAUCGCCAUGGGCAAACAAAAUGCGACCAACAGUUUCGGUCAAAUUGGCUACGGCGGCUACGGGCAGCAUCAACAACAACAAAGCAAUCGAUUAAACUUGGCACCGCCACCCGCCGCACUUUCCUCGUUCAGCCCGGACAAGCCGCAACAAGGGGGUCGAUUCUCUUUGCUCCCGCCUCCGGAUGACAUCAAAGACAUGAUCGGAGGAGGAGGAGGAGGAGAGGGUGACAACUAUUAA